CUGCGACGCCCCACCGACGAGACGUCGCGCAGUGCCAGGGAUUAUCCAGCGCCGUGCAGUGCAGUCAGUGCAGUCAGUGCAGCCAGUGCAGCCCAGCGCCGUCAGUGCCAUCAGUGCAGCCCAGCGCAAUCAGUGCAGCCCAGCGUCGCCCGUGCCAGCCACGCAUUCGACAGCACCCCUCGAGCACCACGCCCACCCUCUGCCCCCGCGCCCACGUCCUGCCCUCGAGCGCGCCCACCGCCCCCAUCGCCUGCGCCGCUGCAGCUCCGCCCGCUGCCACCGCCGCCAUGGUGUCCAUGAUCGACAUCCAGCGAGAGCUGAUCCUCACCACCAUCCGCCAGAUGACCCGCGGCGACUGGAAGGUGCUGAUCCUCGACGAGGACUCGAAGAAGCUCAUCGACAACGUCGUCAAGGAGGAUGACAUCCUCAACUCCAACAUCACCAACAUCGAGCGCCUCGAGGACCGCCGCGAGACCCAGCGCGACAUGGACGCCAUCUACAUCCUGACCCCGAAGCCGCACAUUGUCGACUGCGUCAUGGCCGAGCUCGACGUGCGCCGCUACCGCGGCCUGUUCCUGGUGUGGACCACCCUGCUGCCGCCGCCGCUCAAGGAGCGCAUCGACCGCUCGCAGAUGGCCCGCGACCAGAUCCGCGCCUUUCGCACUGUGCACCUCGACUACCACCCGCAGGAGUCGCACCUCGUGACCUUCCGCGACCCCUCGAGCUUCCCCGUGCUGUUCCACCCCGAGUGCAACAACCUGGUCGUGCGCCACAUGGAGGAGGUCGCCGAGAAGAUCACCGGCGUCUGCGUCGCCCUCGGCGAGUACCCCGUCAUCCGCUACUACCGCCCGCGCGCCCCCACCCACGAGGCCAGCGUCCUCUGCUCGCACCUCGCCCGCUUCGUCCAGGACAAGCUCGACAUGUACGCCCAGUUCAACCAGGACUUCCCCCCGCCCUCGAACCGCCCGCGCGGCGCCCUCUACAUCACCGACCGCUCCAUGGACCUGUGCGCCCCGUUCCUGCACGAGUUCACCUACCAGGCCAUGGCCCUCGACCUGCUGCCCAUCAACGACACCGACAAGAUCACCUACCGCGCCAUCGUCAACGAGGACGACCCCAAUGCCGAGGAGAAGGAGAUGGAGAUUAGCGACAACGACAAGAUCUGGGUCGAGAACCGCCACCGCCACAUGAAGGACACGCUCGACAAGCUGAUCAGCGACUUUCAGAAGUUCAUCGCCGACAACCCCAACUUUACCAAUCAGGAUGCUCAGGACGCCGCUGGUAUGAACGGGCUGAAUGCGAUUAAAGAUAUGAUUGCGGGCCUGCCGCAGUUCCAGCAGAUGAAGGAGUCGUACACGCUGCAUCUGGGCAUGGCCGAGAAGUGCAUGGCCAUCUUCCAGAAGCACAAGCUGCCCGACCUGGCGUCGAUUGAGCAGUGUCUGGCUACGGGGCUGGAUGAAGACUAUCGCAAAGCCAAGAACAUGGCCGACCAGGUCGUGCGGACCCUCGACGACGAGGCCGUCACGCCCGCCGACCGCCUGCGCCUGAUCGCCCUCUACGUGCUGUUCCGCGACGGCGUGCUGCCCGCCGACCUGCAGAAGCUCAUCUUCCACGCCCAACUCCCACCCCCCGACAUGGACGUCGUCCGCAACCUCGACCUCCUCGGGGCGCGCAUCGGCCGGCAGCUCAAAGAAAAGCGCGACCCCCCACCGCCCCUCUUCCCCCGCAACGCCGUCCCGCCCCCCAACGCCGAGGAGUAUGGCCUCUCGCGCUUCACCCCCGCGCUGCAAGACGUCCUCGACGCCCACGUCCGCGGCACCCUCCCGCAGGACAUCUUCCCCUUCACCAAAGCCGCCCCCGAAGACCUCGCCCAGGAAAGCGCCCAAGCCUCCUCCCUGCGCGCCGCGAAACCCACCUGGGCGAAAUCGCGCCUCGCCGCCGCCGAACCGCGCCAGCGCGUCAUCGUCUUCAUGGCCGGCGGCGCCACCUACUCGGAGAGCCGCGCGUGCUACGACACGUCGGACAAGACCUCGCGCGACGUGUUCCUCGUCACCUCGCACAUGCUCAAGCCCCAGCUCUUCCUGCGCCACCUGGGCGACCUCUCGCUGCGCCGCGACCGCCUGCGCCUCCCCGUCGACGCGCCCCCGCCCGUCGCGCCCAAGCACCUCUUCGAGAAGCCCGAGCCGCCGAAACCCAAGCCGCCGCCCGCGGCCGCGAAGCCUGCGGGUCUGCCUGCCGGUCCGCGAGCGGGCGCCCCGCCUACCGCGGCCAUGGCCGCUGUCAAUCUCAAUGCGAAUCAGCGACCAAUGCCCCCGCAGCAGUCGUCCAGUAGCGGUCGCCAUAGAGACGAUAAGGACAAGGAUAAGGACAAGGAGAAGAAGAAGAAGAAACACCAUUUUUUCUCGAGUAAACACUAGGGCUGGUGACCGGAAAAAUGGGGUGGUUACUAUUAAAACCAGAAAAGAUGGUGUGGUUUACAUAGAGAGGGGGGUGUGUUGGGUGUUAAGUGUUCGUUGGCGAAGAAAGGGAAGGUGGAGGGGGGGUGUUUGGGUCGCAUUUGCAUGGCAUCGUAUGGCGUUUCCAGGACGGGUUUCCUGCGCUGUGGCUUUUGGGGUGUGGCGUUGUGGCGCGCGUGUAGUAUAGAGGGC